GGUUACCUGAAUGUAUUGUACAGAAAGCCAGUGACACGUUUAUUUUACUGAAAAAAAGCAGUUCAGGGAUUGUUCUCCUGCACUCUCAUAGAUAGAUUUAGCCGAAACUGGAUCAUGUGACAACGCUCACGUGACAGAACGUGUUUACUUCUUCUUUUAAAAGACAGUCUGGGCUGAAGCACAGCUGUGGCUGAGCUAUCAAAUCUGCAAAAUGGUCCGAGCGUGGAUUAUUGCAACUAUCAUAUGUCUUUGUGAGGCUCAUUGGUCUCCCAAGAUGCUACAGGGGGAGUCCAAAUAUCUCAAACCAGAGUUCAAAGAGAAAUAUUUUCCUCAACUUAUGGACCAUUUCAACUACAACUCAAUGGGGAAUGGGACAUACCUUCAAAGAUAUCUGAUCUCAGAUCAGUACUGGAAGAGAGGCUAUGGACCCAUCUUCUUCUACGCUGGCAAUGAGGGUGACAUUUGGGAGUUUGCCCUAAACUCUGGUUUCAUAACAGAGUUGGCAGCACAGGAAAAGGCCUUGGUGGUAUUCGCUGAACAUAGGUACUAUGGCAAAUCCCUUCCGUUUGGCCAGGAUUCCUUCCACAUUCCCGAGGUGGGGCUGCUGACUAUCGAGCAGGCUAUGGCAGACUACGCCGUGCUCAUCACCGAGCUGAAGAAGGAGCUGAGAGCCCAGGCAUGCCCUGUCAUCGUGUUCGGAGGAAGUUAUGGUGGAAUGCUGAGUGUGUACAUGAGGGUGAGGUACCCCAACAUUGUAGCGGGAGCUCUGGCAGCGAGUGCCCCCAUUCUAUCCACCGCAGGCAUGGGGGACCCUGCACAGUUCUUCCGUGACGUCACUGCUGACUUUGAGAAUUAUAAGCCUGCCUGUCGGGAGGCGGUGAAAGGAGCCUUCCAGAAGCUUCAGGCUCUGGCUGAGAAAGAAGAUUUUGCUCAGAUCAAGUCUGAGUUCAGCUUGUGCAAGACUCCGUCAUCUGCAGCAGACGUGCACCAGCUGAAUGGUCUGCUGCGUAACGCCUUCACCCUCAUGGCCAUGUUGGACUACCCCUACAAGACAGAGUUCAUCAGCAGCAUGCCCGCAUUCCCCGUCAAGGUGGCUUGUGACACCAUGUUGAAGGGGAACGACCUGAUGUCUGCCCUGAAAGACACUGUCGGUAUUGUGUACAACGCCACUGGAACGCUGAGCUGUCUGGAUAUCUACAGCCUCUAUGUGGAGUGUGCGGACCCCACGGGCUGUGGCCUGGGCUUUGACAGCAUGGCAUGGGACUAUCAGGCAUGCACUGAGAUUGAGAUGUGCUUCGAGAGCAACGGCGUGAGCGACAUGUUCCCCGUCAUGCCCUUCACCCAGCAGCAGAGGGAGCAGUACUGUGCCAAGAGGUGGGCCGUGCUGCCGCGACCCGGCUGGCUCAAGACGCAAUACUGGGGUGACGAUCUAGCCACGGCCAGCAAUAUCAUCUUUUCUAACGGGGAUCUGGACCCAUGGGCCAACGGAGGGGUUAGAAAGUCCCUCAGCUCCUCCCUCAUUGCAAUCAAUAUACCUGAUGGGGCUCAUCAUCUGGACUUGAGGGCUUCCAAUCCUGAAGAUCCGGACUCUGUGAUCCAGGCCCGUAAACUAGAGGCCCAGAUCAUCUCCCAGUGGGUCACCAUGGAGAGGAUGAGGAUGAAGCAUCGGAGCCAGGAUUUAUAAACUACGCUGAAUAUGCAGGGAAUGGAUGUUAGUAAUUGUUAAUGAAAUAAUGCACCUUCUCUAAAGCCUUAUUUUUUUUGGUGAGUCAACGUUUUUCUAAUAAAAGAUUUUAAUCAAUGUG